AUGAGCAGAUCCUUCAACUCCCCGGUGUACACUGGAAGUAGACAGCAAGUGAAUUGCACAAAUGCUCAAGGAAGAAGAGAAGGAUUGUGUUUGCAAGGAUGGCAAGGAGAUAAGACGAUCGGCCUCAGUUGUACAUACACCGAAAGAAAGUCUGCAGUCUUCGCUGCAAAUGGUGCAGGGCAUCUCGCGCGAAUUCCACUCUCUACCAAACAGCUGAAGAGAAGAGAACAAGCGGAGAAACGAACAGCUGAGACGUCUCGCGUUAAAGAAAGAGAGGAAGAAGAAGACAAAGAGGGGCCGGAAAAACGGCGAAAGAGGAUUAAAGAUUGGCGUGUGGUGUUGCACAACGACGACAUUCACACAUUCGAAUGCGUAGAAAACGCCAUCACAAAGGUACUGCCGCACAUCAGCCGGGCUAGGGCUUAUGAUAUUGCGCUGCAUGCACAUACAAACUUGAAGGCGACAAUUAUGCUGACUUGGGAAGAGAAAGCAACGGAAGUCGCCUUGGUAUUGUUUGAGUCAUUUAGCUAUGAUGUGUAUGCAAUUGUCCAGGUUUUAUAG